UCUGUCAUUAGCUACAAAGUGUGGGAGUUAUAGGUGCCGAUGAUGAUCCGAAUCUCCAUGCUGACUUUGGAAACAGAAGCGCUGAAUUGUGCUUGUCUAGCACGUACACUAUCAUUAUACAUCACCAACAUUCCCCAGUCGCUCACGCCCAUCCUUCGAAUAUGACCGUAGUCUUAAAUAAUCCCAGUUGGUGGCCGCUAAUCGAUUGGAAUAUGUUUUUCAGUUAUUGGAUAGUUGCCGCUGGUGUCGUGGUGGUAUACGAUUGGGUACUGACACUAGGACAAGAGAUUGAACUGAUCUGGAGGCAACGCUGGUCUCUCAUCACUUUGUUGUAUUUGGUCAUACGCUAUACUGGAAUACCAAUUUCUGUUGCCUACGUUCUGCAAAGCAUGCCAUUGAUACCGCUGACAGAUGCAGCGAGUGUUCCGCAACCAUUUUACUUACAUCUAAUCAUUCUAAUGAAUACACUCAUUUGUAGGGGUGCAAUAUUACGAACUAUGUAAUAAAUGUGACAAACGUAGUCAUGG